CUACAGGAUUUUCCUUGCUAAUGACAUAAGGCGUAAUUUUGACAGAUGUCAAAUAGCUUGGUUAUUUUUUCUAAGCCAACUGCAAUGAAUCAAGUGCUAAUUGUUUACAACUCCCAGAAAUAACUUAAUUGAAAUAAUUAUAAUAAACAAUGAGCAACGAAAAAUAUUUUGUAAUUGACACCAGGAAAGUGUGUUUAUACUAAUCCCCACGUUGUUUUAUCUAAUCAGCGUAUAAAUUUCCAGAUUUAGUUUUCGAAAAUGUCUGGUGGCGGAAAUAAGAAAAAGCCGACGAAGACCCAAGGUUGGGAAGAGGCAGGCUCAGAGUUCUACCAGGAAAGUUACCCCACUGAUGCUGACUUAGACCCUCUACAAAAAGACCCAAAUCCUAAACAUUUAGCGACGUUGUUACCCAGCAAGCAAACACGGGCAGCUGCAACAAUUAGGAUUCGCACAAAUGACAACAGGACGAUUCGGAGACAAACAGCUUCACGGUCGCGAAGAGACUCAACUGUGCAUAGGAGAGCGUCAACAGCAGGCGAUGUGCAAGUGGCGAUGCUCCCAGACUUGUCGGAAAAUCUCUCCAAUGAGCAAACCACUUGGGAGGAGAUCAUGCAGAUCAAGGGGAUGCCGGUACCCAUGGCCCAGAAGAAGGAAAUGAAGGCCAAAAUUCUAAACGAGCCCAAUUUGCGUUUGCAAGGCUACGAACAACUAAACUGGAAGCGAAGGAAGAUCUGGCGUCAGUUCAUCUCCCGUUUGAAGGAAAUGCACACGAAAAUCGAGCUCUGGCGAAGCGCUUUGAAACGCAUUGAGGGCCAUUUCGGUACUGGAGUAGUCGCAUACUUCAUUUUCCUCAAGUACCUCCUCUUUUUAAAUUUAUUCAUAUUUAUCGUCAUUUUCGCAUUUAUAAUCUUGCCAACAAUACUUCUAGUCAAUUCCGACAACUCGACCCGUGUUAACAGCUCUAACGUCGUUUUCGAUCUCAUCCAAGGAACGGGUUUCAUGGAACACAGCCUUUUGUUUUACGGUUUUUACCCAAAUGAAACGUUUAAUUAUCUCGUUAAUGAGAAAGUGAUGUAUUAUAAUCUUCCAUUAGCGUAUAUUUGUAUCACGGUUGUAUAUUUCGCAAUUUCGUUGAUUUCUAUAGUCAAGUCGGCGGCGAACGGUUUCAAAGAACGGUUAAUUGAAGGCGAAGGACAGUUCUACCAAUAUUGCAAUUUUAUUUUCGGUGGUUGGGACUUCUGUAUCCAUAAUGAGAAAUCCGCAGCGAUCAAACACAAAGCCAUUUAUAACGAAAUCAAGGCGUGUCUUGAAACCGAACGUUUGGAAGAAAUGAAACAAAACCGAACUAGAGGCGAACAAACGAAACUAAUCGUUGCCCGAAUUAUUGUAAAUAUUAUAGUGUUAGGGGUUUUGGCGGCGUGUGGUUGUGCAAUUUUUUUCAUUUUUAGUAAAUGUAGAGAAAUGCAAAGUGAUGACUAUUUCGAGAGUCUUUUGUACGAGUUUUUGCCCUCGAUUAGUAUCGUCUGUUUCAAUAUUUUGAUACCAUUCUUGUUCAAAUAUUUGAUACAGUUUGAACACUAUAGUCCACUAGUUGUGGUGCGUUUCACACUUUUUCGGACUGUUUUACUGCGUUUAGCUUCAAUUUUCACACUUUAUGCCUCACUUGCCUCAGUUGUCGGUAAUACAGAUACCGACAAACCCGCCUGUUGGGAGACUUUCGCCGGUCAACAAAUCUACAAGUUGGUUAUAACCGAUUUUGUGACUCACAUUAUCCUCACAUUUGUGGUCAACUUCCCUCGAGCUUUCAUCGCCAAACAUGUUGAAAAUAAAUUCAUUAAAUUAGUCGGGGAGCAAAGUUUCGACUUGCCUAAACAUGUCCUCGACGUUGUUUAUUUGCAAACUUUAUGCUGGUUGGGGUGUUUCUACGCCCCCUUACUGUCUUUCAUCGCCGCAGUGAUUUUCUUUUUUAUGUUUUACAUUAAAAAAUUCGUUUGUUUGGUGAAUAGUAACCCGAGUUCGACUGUGUAUCGAGCUUCGCGCUCCAAUUCCAUGUUUAUGCUUGUCUUGUUGGUGUCUUUCGUCUCGGCGGUGGUCCCCAUGGCGUACUCCUUUUCCGAGGCGGAGCCGUCGCGGGGUUGUGGCCCCUUUCGGGACUUGCCUUCGGUCUGGAGUCGAGUCGAGUUUACGUUUUAUUCGACUCCGGAUUGGGUGCAAAGUGUGGUGGCGUUUUUGAGUACGGCGGGGUUUGCUGUGCCUGUCUUUCUUGUUUUGUUCCUUUUGUUGUACUAUUUUAGGGCUGUUAAUGCGGCUAAUAGACAGAUGGUGAGUGUGUUGAAAAAUCAGCUGGUUUUAGAGGGGCAUGAUAAACAAUUUUUAUUGGAAAGACUGAGUAAGUUUAUUAAACAGCAACAGGAACACCAGAAAAGGUUGAGGCAUGUUGAUGUUCUACAAGACGGUGAUACUAAUAUUUCGAGCAAUUAGGGGACAUGUUCUAGUCAUGAUUUAUGUAACGGACUUGAUAUUUAAGCUUUGGUACAUAACAUAUCGCAUUUAUCUCUUUUAUAUUAAUGUGCAUCAAGUAGGUUGUAGAAUUAAUAUCAUUUAAUCAUGAAUAAUGACAAAAAAAUCUUUAAGUUUACAUUAAGUACACAUUUAUUUGAAAAAAUAAUUUUCAGGGAAGAUUGAGGUUAGGAUUAUUUGAAUAUUUGCAUGGUUGCCACCUUAAAAUGAUUCCUUUCAACGACUACUUGAUGCACAUGAAGUCGAUUUGUACAAAGGAAUGCUGUACGUGAGAGGAUCUCUUUUUAACUGCAUUUGCUUUUUAAGACUGUAGUUUGUGUUUAUCAAUAGUACAAAAUUAUGGCACAAUUCCAGUAUAGUUUAAUGGUUUUUGAAAAUGUUGACGCUUAUUAUACUCAAUGCCAAUUUGGACUUAGUGAUUUUUAUUUUAUGAAACAAGAAAACUCCCAACAUACAAAUAUGUAAUCAUCGUAAUUAUAGCAGGCACUUUGUGGACUAUGUACUUAAUGUUUAUGUUGGACUACCUUUGUUCACUCCUCUGUAAUAGGACUGUGUAACUGAAAUAAUAAAAAAAUAUAAUUUUGUAUCA